AUGACCUCUUCAGAUAUAGAACAAAACAUCUCAAUUCGAGAUUCAAAAACCGCAAAAUUACCAUUUUAUUGCAUUCUUCUUACCCUUGUAGUUGUAAUCGGUGGUUUUGAGAAUGGACUUAACACGGGCAUUACUAAUAUACCAGAACAAACAAUUCGAAAUUGUUCAAAUGGACAUGAUUACGUGAAAGGAGCAGGAGUACCAGACUGUCUCCCAAUGGGAGACUUGCUUUGGGGUUUUGCGGUAGGAAGUCAUUCGUUUGGAGCUAUUUUUGGAGGACUUGGAGCGGGUCACUUACAAACGAUAUUUGGUAGAAAGAACGUAUUAAUAUAUAAUUCCAUAACAUGGAUCAUUGGUGGAGUACUUCUCGGAGCGUCCAUAAAUCCAGUGAUGUUUAUAUGCGGACGCAUUCUUACUGGGAUCGGAACCGGAAUCGGAUCUGUCGUUAUACCGACAUAUUUAGGAGAAAUAUCGACCAUUAAAUUACGUGGUUUAAUCGGAUCUGUCUACCAAACUUCUGUCGUGGCUGGAAUAGUUGUUUCACAACUUAUUGGUUUGCCAUUAUCGUUUAUUCCCGGCUGGCGUAUUCUCCUAAGUCUAACAUCAGUAAUUGCGAUUUUUCAAUUGAUGUUAAUUCCUAUUUUAGGAGUGGAAUCUCCUAGAUAUUUGAUUUCCCAAAAUCAAAUUGAAGAAGCGAAAAAAGCAUUACAAAAAUUAAGGAAAGGAUAUAAUAUUAAUUCAGAAUUUGAAGAAAUUAUCCAGGGGCAGUCCGAAAAACAGAUUGAAGAAAUUAUUCCGGAGCAGUCCGAAAAACAGAUUGAUGAAAUUAUUCAGGGGCAGUCCGAAAAACAGAUUGAUAUCGAUCAAAAUGAAAAAUCUAUACAAACUUCUCUUGUUGUGAUUAAUGAACAACUUGAAAUAAAGAAAAAAUAUACAUUUAAAGAACUUUUACAAGAUUCAUAUUGUCGCGAGAUGUUACUUGUUUGUAUUGGAAUUCAUCUUGCUCAACAAUUUUGUGGCAUCUCAGUAAUCGUCUUUUAUAG